UCACAGUUCUACGCAUUGUGCCAGGAGCUGCCCCCUGCAGUGCACCUGCUCACGCUGGCCAGCUGGGGACGCAGGGUGCUGCUACAGUGCUUGCAGCACCAGUUGACCAUCAGGGAGGAUACUCAUCACAGCCUGAUCUCCCCUGUGAUCUUGGACUUUCGGGGUCUGUUCUCCACCUUCACCAUUACCCACCUGCAGGAGACCAUGCUGGUGGCCAGUCAGGCUCGGGACCGAGUCUCCAGGCUCCAGUGGACAGCGCGGUGGUGUGGGUUGGCCUGA